GGCGUCUGGAAAACACAAGUGUGAUCUGAAUAGUGCGACUAUUGAACACGAUGAAGACCUGGUUAAAUACGAAAGUUGUAUUUACCGCGAAGCUGAGAAUGCUUGCGCCAAAAAUUCUUGCAAGAAUAAUGCAACAUGCCAAGCUGGGUUUACAGACAGAGAUUAUCAGUGUUUGUGUGCUCUUGGAUCUGGAUUUGAAGGUCAUAACUGUGAUGAGGAUAUAGACGAGUGUACCAAUGGAACGCACAAAUGUGAUAUGAAUGCUGACUGUCACAACACCCUGGGAUCUUACAAAUGUACUUGUAAAGACGGAUUUCAAGGAAACGGUACAGACUGUACUCAGAGAUUUAAUACAGCUGUGUUUACAAAUCUUGGUAAGAGCGACUCUCAGGGUCCAGACUCAGUUGGCAGUCACUACACAGGUCAGGAUCAUAACGGACAAGUUACAGUGUCCAGCGGUAUUCAGCUGUGGAAUGUGCCACACACAGGGGAAUACAGAAUAGAAGCAGUAGGAGCCUCAGGGGGGUACGGCCAGAACAGUGUCAUCAACGGAGGGAGAGGGGCGCGGAUGAUUGGAAACUUUAUGUUGACCAAAGAUGAGAUCAUUAGUAUACUCGUUGGUCAAAAAGGAAUCAGAGGGGGUGUCAACAAAAACACUGGGGGAGGUGGUGGAGGUACAUUUGUAGUGAGAGGAAACAACAUUCCCUUGAUCAUAGCUGGAGGUGGAGGGGGAAUUAAAAAUAUGUCGGAACAACAUCCAGGAUGUGAUGCGUCCAUAAACACAACAGGGAACGCAGGGAGCAACUCGCCAUUGGGAUCAGGAGGAAGCAACGGACAUGGAGGAAAUGCCAAUGGUCAAUCUCCAGGUGGUGGUGGCGGCGGCUUUUACGGUAAUGGACAAGGUGCUUCGAGCGGUUCUGGUCGAGGAGGUAAAGGAUAUCUUCAGGGAGGAAGGGGUGGACAUGCCAGGGGUGGGUUCGGAGGUGGUGGUGGUUUUCGUUCAGGCAACCGUGGAGCUGGAGGAGGUGGAGGUUACUCUGGGGGAAAUGGUGCAGCUGAUGAACAGUUUUCCUGUGGGGGAGGAGGUGGAUCUUUUAACAAUGGAACAAAUCAGCAAAAUGAAUGUUGUUUAAAUAGCAAUAAGCAUGGCAGAGUGAUCAUCACGUUUCUUCAGUGAAAUGGAAAUAGCAGCACUUUCCUUAACAUGUAGUGGACAUUAUUGUGGGUGAGCGCCAUUUUAGCCGCAAGUAACU